GAUUGACAAUAACUCCUCACUUUGUUCUGUCAUCGGCCUCUCGUAUCGCUGCAUGUGCGUAAGAAUGGCAUGCAUAUAAGCCAGCCCAGUCCCUUUGCGAUAUCCAACAUGCCCGUGCAAAGUUCCAAAUCGGUUCUCUUACAAUGAAGCUCCUUCGUACCAUUACAGCUUUUGCCCUCGUGGCACAAGCUGCGGCUCUGUCAAUCGGAGGGAAGAAUAUGAAAAUUGAGAGAGACAGUGCUGGCCUCCAAGAUAUCGUCACAUACGACGAACACUCCCUCAAGGUCUAUGGUGAACGAAUAUUCGUGUUCAGUGGAGAAUUCCAUCCAUUCCGACUACCAGUCCCUAGUCUCUGGCUCGAUGUGUUCCAAAAAGUCAAAGCUUUGGGAUUCAAUUGCGUUUCAUUCUACGUAGACUGGGCUCUUCUAGAAGGAAAGCCAGGGGUUUACACUGCUGAAGGAGUCUUCGCCUUCGAGCCAUUCUUCGAUGCCGCAAAAGAAGCGGGUAUUUACCUCCUCGCUCGUCCAGGCCCGUAUAUCAACGCGGAAGUGUCUGGUGGUGGGUUCCCAGGCUGGUUGCAACGCAUCAAAGGACAACUCAGAACCCGUGCUCCGGACUUCUUAGCUGCCACAGACACGUAUAUGGCGGGUAUCGGCGCUGCUAUCGCCAAAGCUCAGAUCACGAAUGGUGGUCCAGUCAUCCUUGUGCAGCCCGAGAAUGAAUAUACCAACGCCAUUUCUGGCGUUACUGGAGGAUUCCCAGAUCCAGUCUAUUUUGCUUAUGUCAAGAAACAACUCCGAGAUGCUGGGAUUGUUGUGCCGCUGGUCAAUAACGAUGCUUCGCCCAAAGGAUAUUUCGCGCCAGGGUACUCCAUCGGAGGAUCCACAGAGGGCAAUGUUGAUAUCUAUGGCCAUGAUAACUACCCACUGGGUUUUGACUGCGCUAAUCCUCGUACCUGGCCUGCGGGUAGGUUGCCAACGAACUUCCAUGCUCUGCACCAACAACAGAGCCCAAGUACGCCAUACGCGCUCAUUGAGUUCCAGGGCGGGUCGUUCGAUCCCUGGGGUGGCCUGGGUUUCGACCAAUGCUCUGACCUGCUGAAUAUGGAGUUCGAAAGAGUCUUCUACAAGAAUGACUUUGCAUCUGGCGUUGCAAUACUUAAUCUGUACAUGAUCUAUGGUGGAACAAACUGGGGAAAUCUUGGUCAUCCUGGCGGAUACACCUCUUACGAUUACGGCGCGAACAUUGGAGAGAAUCGCGAGAUCCAUAGAGAAAAAUACAGCGAGUUGAAGCUCCAAGGCAAUCUCCUCAAAGUCUCACCUGCGUACCUCACUUCCAGGGUAGGGACUGGAACCACCGGAACCUAUACUGAUUCAAGUAGCAUUUUCACUACGCCACUUUUCGGCAAUGGCUCAGCAACAAACUUUUACAUCAUCAGGCAUUCUGAUUAUCAGACUCUUAAUUCUGCCACGUACAAGCUGACCGUCGCGACAAGCAAGGGAGCUUUGUCUAUCCCACAACUUGGAGGGAGCUUGACUCUCAGUGGCAGAGACUCGAAAUGGCACGUGACUGAGUACGAUCUUGGCGGACUUACGCUACUGUACUCUUCGGCAGAGAUCUUCACCUGGAAGAAAUUCGGGGGAAAGACAGUCCUUGUUGUCUAUGGUGGACCAGGAGAGCAACAUGAACUUGCUGUUGUCUCUGGCAGCUCGGCGAAAAUCGUUGAGGGUGCUGAUGUUACCACUAAGAGCGUGAAUGGCUCUGCUGUUCUCAACUGGAAGACUUCGCCGACUCGGCGUGUGGUUCAAAUUGGAGCCCUUUUCGUCUACAUCCUGGACAGAAACUCUGCUUACAACUACUGGGUUCCUGAUUUCGUCCGAGACGAUCAAUGGGGAGCGUAUUCUGCCAAUAUUGGCAACACAACCUCGGUCAUUGUCCAAGCUGGCUAUCUCGUCAGGAAAGUCUACAUCAACAACAAGGCCCUUCACAUCGACGGCGAUCUUAACGCUACAGUCCCUAUCAAAGUCCUUGGCGCACCUGCUGGCUUGAACUCUCUUCACUUCAACAGCGCAAAGCUGGAUUACAAAGUCGACUCUGUUACUGGAGAGUGGUCAUCUACUCUUCAGUACAACCAGCCCAAGGUCAAUCUUCCAGAUCUUUCAUCUUUGAGCUGGAAAUACCUUGAUGAUCUUCCUGAGGUUCAGUCAACGUAUGAUGAUUCCGCCUGGACCAAAGCAGACCACACCACCUCAAACAACCCGUUCAAGUUGCAAACCCCUACAUCACUAUUCAGUAGCGACUACGGAUACCACACCGGUGUGCUGCUCUACCGCGGCCACUUCGUCGCCACCGGAAGCGAAAGCACAUUUUUGGUCCGCACCCAAGGAGGAAGCGCUUUUGGGUCCUCAGUCUGGCUGAACGCUACUUACCUCGGUUCUUGGCCAGGUAUUGACAAAGCUUCAGAGAACAACAGCACCUACACACUUCCAAACCUUACCAAGGGAAAGACUUACGUCCUCACAAUCGUCAUCGAUAACAAUGGCUUGGAUGAGAACUUUGUCGUUGGCCCUGACCAGAUGAAAGCACCUCGUGGGAUCCUGAGCUAUAACCUCGCAGGCCACGAUCAGAAGGAUAUCUCUUGGAAACUCACGGGUAAUCUCGGUGGUGAGGACUACAUUGACAAAACUCGUGGACCAUUAAAUGAAGGUGGUCUCUACGCCGAGAGGCAGGGCUUCACGCAGCCAUAUCCUCCCAAUCGACAGUGGGCUGCUGGAUCUCCGGUGACAGGAAUUAGCACUGCUGGUGUAGCCUUCUACCAAGCGAGCUUCUCGCUUGAUUUGCCAAACAACUACGACAUACCGCUCAGCUUCAGCUUUGGGAACACGACCAUCAAUGGUGCCACUGCGAAUUACAGAGCUCAACUUUGGAUUAAUGGGUAUCAGUUUGGGAAAUAUGUGAACAAUAUUGGUCCACAAUCUGAGUUCCCUGUGCCAGAGGGCGUUUUGAACUACCACGGCCAGAACUGGCUUGCCAUCGAGCUCUGGGCUCAACAAGCGUCUGGAGCUCACCUGUCGGACUUCGCCUUGAAAUCUGGCACACCAGCCUGGACAUCGAACGAUCGUCCAGAGAUGGUACCUCGACCUGCAUACAGCAAGAGGCCAGGCGCAUAUUAAGCGAGAACAAAGAGAAUAGUAAUCUGAAUGUCUAAUAUGACCGGGUAUUCUUAUUUUACAAAUCUCCAAAACACAGAUGUAUAUAAUUCAGCCUAAGAUGGCCGAAUUAAGAGAGUGGCAAUGAUAGUAACGAUCGCUGCUCCUGUAGCAGCACCUUCUAAUGCAAUCAGCGUAAUAUCCUGCUUUCGCAUCUCUACCAACCUGUUACUAAACAAGUCUUGGAAUGUGGCUUGGGCUUGGUAGGCCCAGCUUGAAGAUCGUGCUCUGAGCUUCAUGAGCUCGGUUGGUACGUGAAUAUCUUCUGGAUCCACUGCAGCUUUCGCCUCUGGCUCCUGCUCGCCUUCUAUGCAAGCUACUACCGCAUUGACUGCUGGCUCUGAACUUUCUGUACCACUCUCUGCCUCUUCUUCCAGCUCUUGGAUGCCGGCAGCUACCACGCUGUCCAAAGGCACAUCUGCUACGUUUGCAGAAUCAUGACUUCUCGCCUGCGCAGCGAAUUUCUCCUUCUCUAGUGCCUCUCUAACUUUCUCCUCAAAGCCGUGCACCAGCCUCCUCCUCCUCCAUGGCUCAAAGCCAAACUGGAAGACCAAAAACAGUAACACGUUAACCCCCAUCAGUCCCCAUGUUCCCCACGUACUCAUGCGCCGGAUUUUAUCACUCCAGAUUUGCUCCUCAUGGUACCUACUCAGGAUACUACUGCUCAGCUUACUAGCAGCAUGUUCUGCCUCCCUCUCCGAAUCCGCCAGCUUGGUAGCAGACUCCUGCACCGCCUGCUCAUUCGUGUGAUCCAUCCUAUACAGUGCCGUGAACCUUUCCAAAUCUGUCGGCGUCCAACUAUCUUUUCUGGCUAACAGACCCGUUACUUCCCUCUGUGUGGCCGCCCGGUCCGCAACAGUGGUUUUGUAGGUGAGCCGUGAUGAACGAACUGCUUCUUGUGCAUCGGAGACACGCUUCUCGAGGAGUGUGAUCCGCGACUUGAGGGCUUCGAUACCCGAGUAGCCGGUCAGAUCGUUGAUACGUUGUGAGGCGAUGAAAAUAUUGCCUUGCAGGUGGUCCAUUAGGUGGGAGAAGCGUUUCGUGACUGCCAAUCUACGACUUUCUUCUGCGGAGGGGAGGUCGGUGGGCUCAUCUUCUGGAAUAGGGCUUUUAGAAGCAUUUUCUGGAGCCGAAGCUGUAUCCGCUGUAUCCAGAGAGGAAGCUGAUGGUGUGUUGGAUAUCGGAUUCGAUUGCGAAGAGUUCGGUGGUGGUUUGGGAGAAUCGGCAAAGUGCCGUACGUGUGUUCGGAUUCUACAUUGUAAACAGGUGGUUGGGCGCAGCGAGGACCGACUGGGAAUUCGCAGCGAUUGUCUGGUUGUUGAAGAGGCAAUUGAGUCGAAGAAGAGCCUUGGGACGAAUCGAGCCAGUGGCUGCAUGGCCGGUGUCCCUUCUUCGAGUUGUGGUCGGGCAGGGAAAGGAUGAGUGGUGUUGAACCUGGGCGAG